AUGGCAGCAAAGCCGAAGCAAUAUGUGGAAACCAUGGAAGAAGCCUACGCCUACGUGCAGCGGGAGUGGGAAAGUAGCGGCUGGACUUUGCUUGGCGCCCGUGGCUUUUGCGCUGUGCAUGUGCAAAGCGUGCGGAAAUCACAUCCCGCCUUGCCAAUUUUCAUGAAUGCUCUUGCUGGCUUAGUAGUGGCCUCCAAUGGGGCAAUGCUUCGGCUUUGGGGAUCCACGAUGCCACUUGCCUUGUGGGUGGUGAACAUCAAUUAUUCUCAAACUCGGAAGUCUGGGCUGUCUGCAAUUGCUGAAGUGUACGCAGCUGCUGCUGACCGACGGAUGCGGAAGAUGUUUCGGGAAAUCUUGGAACUAAAGCAAUCAGCUGCAACCGUGGCGAGCCUUCCGAAGUCUGUUGCCACCAUCACUGAGAAUGGGCCCCAGGAAGAAACUCUUCCUGCGCCAGCGCCGGAAGUGCCCCAGCAAGCUCUCCCUCCAUCUUCGUCUGCUACAACCUGUAAGCUAGGUGUGAAAGCCAGCAUUGCUGCAGCGCCCGGCCUUCAAGGAAGAACAUGGUUCAGCACACUUCUUCUGUUCGAUGAAAUCUAUGACUUCCUCAUGGAGCUUGGGAUUUUGGACACGGCUGCAGUUGCUGCCAAGAAACAGAGCAGUGCAGGCGCAGACGUUUCAGGGCAGACUCCAAACGCAGGCUGGGCCAACCGCCUGCUGCAAACGGGGCUGAGCGUGCAUGAGACCAAGACAUGCGGUUGCUUUGGUGGAUUGCAUGCGCCAACUGUGAGCACAGCGCUGGCAGGCAACUUUCACCCAAAUGUUGCAGUGGAGAUGCUGAGAGGUAUCCGUGGAGACCAUGGGUGCCAAACGAAAGCGCGCUUGUUCUUCACCACAGGCAAGCCCAUCCAGCCGAAAGAGCACUACGCUAGCCAUGGGAUCACUUCAGUGAGUGAGUGGUGCCCAGUGCCGGACAUCCUCAAAGACCUCUUGCAGUUGGAGUUCCUUGGUGAUCCAGUGACAGCAGCCACAAAACUCGAGCAAGAAGAUUGCCUGGCGAUGGGUGAAGCGCUCUUCACAGAUGAUGGUUUCUUUCCUCAUUCGUCUGGCUGGUCAUACAAGCUUCCAGGUGGCGUUGUGACCUUCUUGCGUUUCCGCAAGGCAGAUGACCUUUGCCAAGCCGAAUGGUGCAUAGCAAACCGGGACGUCGAGGUGCCAGAUGAGUUCAGCUUGGAGCUUGCAGCAGAGCGGCUCACGGAAGUUUUCAGCGCUGAUCACAGAGUUCUCAAGUUUUCUUCGGAUGCUCAGCAACUCUUCAAGAGCUACCAAGCCUACUUCAACAUUCUCGUAGCUGAAGCUAGACGAGAUGAAGACAUUGGGUAUGGUGCGCAAAUGGGCGCUUGCCCUUGGAAGCUUGCAAUCCUGAGUGCUGCCUUGAUGUUGUGGGACAUCAGAAGCAGAGCAGAAGCAGCCCAAGCGCAGGCUACCCUGGAAGAACAGGUGAGAGGGCAAAAUCCAGAUAAACACUGGGAACCGCGUGCGCAGUUCACUGGCCUCUGGGACACAGAGUUCUUUCGGAGACUGCUUCAGAAAGCAGAGUUUGUGUCUGGAGAACAUGUAGUGAAAUCCGUAAAGGUAUAUGGGGUGGCCAGGCGUGACGACAAGCUGUCACGUACCUUGACCUUGAAAGAUUUCCGAACCAUAGCAGCGGCAGCGCCAUCUACGCUGGUGUACUUCGACAAUGAGAAGGAUUGCUUGCGCUUUUCUUUGCCCGCUGAGCCAACCCAUGACUUUGAAAGCUGCUUGCUUGCCCAUGCAAAUAUCAGCGCUGCUGCUCUUCGAACUUUGCUCUCCACAGAUCUCAGACUGUGUACAGAUGCCAUGACAAACAUGGACUUUUCGACCAAAGACUCGCGCUGUGCCGGCGCGCGAAGUCAUACAGACUCACGACGACCGUCUUCAAAGAAGCGCAAGGCUGCUGAAAGGCCUCCUCGUGAUUCUGUGUCUUAUGUGCCCCAGGAGCAGAUGACUGAUAGUAAGCAGCUGGCGGAGCUUCGAGUUCAGGCUUGGUGUGCGUCUCUUUUGACAUUGAUGCAGCUAACAGAGCUAGCGCUUAUCAGGCACUUGCUCAAGAUUGGCAUGCUUCAGAACUUUUCACGCUGUCCUCAUUGCAAGUGUGGCAAGCUAUCCCCACUUCGAAAGGACAAGGGCCGCGGCUACGUGCAACGAUGUCGCGCCAAAGCCUGCCAGAAGUUUGUCUUGCCACAUAGCCACCAUCCAGUCUUUGUCACCAGCUGGGGAAACUCACAUAUCCCAUUGCGUCAGCAGGUUUUCGUGCUCUUCUGCAAUGUUGCCAGGGUAGACCAGGGAAAGAUACAUUUGAUCACCGGGCUCGGGCGACGCGUCGUAGAGUCAGUGUCUGCUAGAUGGCGAAAGGCUUUGGUUGCUUAUGUUGAGAAAAAGCAAGAAACAAUUCAACUGGGCAAUGGCAGAACGUGGAGCCAGUGCGAAGUUGAUGAAGUAACUUGCCGAGGCAAGCGUCAAGGUCAGAAGGUCACCUGGUUUCAGUAUUGCGGCUUGCUCAGGAGAGGUGAUCGGAGGACAUUGGUCCUCGCAAAAAUGAAAGUGAAAUCAACGCACAUCAAGCAAAGGGGGAAGGGCAAAGGCUCAGCAGUGAGUCCUGGGCCCAUAACCAAAACCGAGUGGAGACUCAUAGCUGAUGCAUACGUGAAAGGCAAGAAAAUCUUGCUGCAUUCAGACGGUGCUCGUGCAUACCGCUUUUGCAAAAUCCCGGGAGUCAUCACUGACUCUGUGAAGCACAAGCGGCCGAAGCCAAUCUACACAGCUUUGUGGUGUCAUGUUUUGCCCAAAGACCAGUCGAAGGCCCACACAGACCUCAAGAAGUUGCCUGCAAGUGAAAAAGAAACAGUGUGGGUAAAGAAAGGCACUCAGCUUGUUGACAAUGUCUGGCGACAGCUGAAGCUUUUGGGGCUGCCCAAAAGUACAAAGGCAGAAGACUCAAUCGUACACCAUCGAGUUCGAGAGUUCCAGUGGCACCAUUGGAAUGCCGAAGCCGAUAAGUGGCGUGCAGCAGGUGAGCAAGCGUUGGUCGGAGUGAGCAUGCUGGUGUCCAUUCUGUGCAGUUACAUGGCGCUUGCAGCGCUUCAUCACUUAGAGCCGCUGCCGAACCUGGUACUGAGUUACAUGGCUUUUGCAGCGCUUCGAAUGAUGGCAAGGCAGCAGCUUGCCAUUGCCGACAUCAUGGUGCCAUGGGCAUUGCUUCAGCAAGUUCUUCAGGUGUGGCAGUUGGAGCCUCUCCAUCUCUCUCAAGUUGAGCGUCGAGCCUCCUCCACAAUCGUCCUAGCCGCCCAUUCCAUGCGACGAAGUUCAUUCGAUUGGCUCCGGAUCCUGUGUCAAGAGAUCUUGUUUCAAACGAAGCAGGUCGAGACCAAACGUGCAAUGAUGACCUUGCCCUACACGAAUCUCCCGGCCAGCAUCAUUACCGACAUUCUUCGCUACUUGGUCUGUGACGAGUUCAUGGUGUUGCAGUACAUGAAUGAGGUUGCUGUGCGAGUACAAGCUCCCAGAUCUAUCGUUUGCCUUCAAGAAGGCACUCGCUUCCAGUAUCGUCAAGUCAGAGAUGAGUUACGUCGCCGGCUUCGCCAGGAAUCUGUGUUGCACAACAACAUCCGAGGAAUGGUUUCAGACUUGAUGAGAAGGAAUCUUCUCCUUGCGAGUCACAUCCACAUUCUUAGAAGCCGAGCCUUGCGCUACAUGUAA